AUGGUCAUCAUGGUUGCAAUGAUGCCCUGUAUAUUCUACGUUAGGGUGCAACAAUUCGUUCUUGGUUCUGUAAAGAAGUAUGUCAGGAAGCACGUUAUAGAAACGAUUGUAAUCUGUAUUGUGUUGAUUUGGUGUAUUCCUAUGAUCGUCAUUGGUUCCAUUGGUGCCAUUGAGGACUUCGGCGAAUCUUAA